CACUAUUGGACGUCUGCAGAUGGGCCCAACGCCGGGCCCAGUCAGCAACCAGGGAACGGAAACCCACUCUCAGCCUCCAGGUACUCCAUCCAACGCUCCAAGGCAAGCCUCGUCAACCGGUCGUCACACUAUAAAGUCCUACCCGUCUCUUUGCAAUGUCUAUCACCAAUCCUCUACGUAUAGUUGGUUAGGCGUUCGCCCUCGGACCCAACGCCGGACCUGAUAAAGACGAGCGGUUCGCAGAAGCAUGACCUCAGUACCCCUCGCUCGCCUUCUCCCCCUUACCUCUCGCGCCCUCCGCUCCUCCAGACCAGGCCUACGCUCAGCCUAUCGAGCAUCUGCACCGACUCACGCGUACGUACCGCGAUACAACAUGACCACUAGAGACGUCUCGCACCACACCGACAUCGGCAAGAUGAAGACGGAGGACGACGGCACGUUCAAGCGCAAGCCGUCCCAGUUCAGGGACUGGCUCGAGAAGGGCGGGAAGUUCGAGCCCGAGAAGGGCCGGUACCACCUCUACGUAUCCUACGCAUGCCCAUGGGCGACGCGCGCCUUGAUCAUGCGCAAGCUCAAGGGGCUCGAGGACUUCAUCGACGUCAGCGUCGUCUCCCCGCACAUGGGCGAGCACGGCUGGCCCUUCGCGAGCGCGGACACCUUCCCGGGCGCGGACGCGGAUCCGUUGCACGGCGCACAGCACGUCAAGGAUCUCUACCUUCGCGCGGCGCCCAACUACGAGGGCCGCUUCACCGUGCCCGUGCUGUGGGACAAGAAGCACAGCACCGUCGUGAACAACGAGAGCUCGGAGAUCAUCCGGAUAUUCAACGCGUCGAAGGAGAUCGACGAGGUGAACGACUGGGUGUAUGACACCGUGAACAACGGCGUAUACAAGUCCGGCUUCGCGAGUUCGCAAGCCGCCUAUGAAAAGGCCGUCCUCCCCCUCUUCGCCUCGCUCGACCGGCUCGAGAAGAUGCUCCAGGGCAAGGACUACCUCAUCGGCGACCAGCUCACGGAGGCCGACAUCCGGCUCUUCGUCACCAUCGUCCGCUUCGAUCCCGUCUACGUCGGGCACUUCAAGUGCAACAUCCGCACGAUCCGCGGCGGCUAUCCCGCCAUCCACCUCUGGCUCCGCAAGCUGUACUGGAACUUCCCCGCGUUCAAGGAGACGUGCAACUUCGAGCAUAUAAAGACACAUUAUUACUGGUCCCACCCAAUGAUCAACCCGCACAGAGUCAUCCCUGUCGGGCCAAUCCCCGACAUCCUGCCUCUCGAAGCUUAAGGCAAGUAUCUGUAUCCAUAGGUCAUGAAGGAACACAAGGAACCCGUAGUUGCUUGCUUUGUAUCAAUACUUCCCUUCACACUGUCCCGCGUUCACAAGGUGCACGAGACUAUGAGCAGAUAUCGAGGAAUAGCAAUGUAUACAACGAUGAUCAUGCAGCGCAGUGCGUCCCGUAACGAGUUAUGAGUGUACAGUCAAGAACAUUCCUAUGCAUGCUUAUAGUCAUGUCAAUGCCCUCGUGUCCACCGUGAGUCCUGUUCUUCGUAGUAUGUCCCGAGCAGUGCGGGUUGUGGUCGUAGGUUGUUCAUCGACAU